GAAAAGAGCGGAGUGAAAAAAGAAAGAAGGAGGACAUUUGAACGGGAAGGAAAGAAAGGGGAGGGGGGGCGAAGGAGACCAGAAGCCGUAGCCUGGGCAGUUCUGGGGUCGCGCUCGUUAGUGGGUCGGUCGGUCCGUCGGGUGGUGGCGCGGGCAAGAGUGGGUUAAAGAAGGUGGUGGCGGCCGGGGUGGCUGGACUCGGGCUGGGCUCGGAAGGGAAGUAGUUCCGGCUCGGGCCCUACUCCUCCCCCUCCCUCCUCUUGCCCCCUCCCCCGCGGAGGCCGCGUCACCGGCCGAGGAGCCGGGAUCCGUGCGCGAGGUUGCUAAGGGUGAAACUUUUCAUUGACUUCGCUCACUCGGGGCGGGCCGGGGCCGGGCGAGGGAGGCAGGGACGGACGGGGCGGCUGCGGCGCCGCGGCGGCGGGCGGCCAAGCAUACACACCGACGGACGGACGGACGCACGGACUCCCCGACUCCUCCCUGCUGCUCCUCCGCCCUGCCCCCCCAAAACCACCCUCCAGCGCCAUCGCCGCCUUCCCCCUGCCGUCGAGCCGGGAACAAAGAGCGCUUAGUUGUCACCCCGCGGCGGCCCGGGAGCUCACCACCGACUGUCCGGCUUUAAAGUCUGUUUUAAUCCCCACCCCGAGCAGGCAGCACCUGGUGACGAGGAGGAGGGAGACAAGAGACACCCCCCCCCCCUCUCCCAGAGCAGAGACACCCUCCGACUCCGACCUAGCACAGCCUGCCCGGCGGGUCCGGCCCGAACACCACCCUGGAGGCAGCCGCAGCAGCCGCAGCAGCCGCCUCCCCGCCGCCGCCGCCGCCCUCCCGCCUGCCCCGGAGCUCCGGAGGCCCGAGGGACGAGUGAGCCAGCCCGAGAGAGAGAGAGAGAGCCAGCCAAUCCAUCAGGAACCGGAACCUGCCCACGUUCGUGUCUUCCACCCUCACUGCCCUGCACUGUGCUCCCGGCUGCUGGCCCGGGACAAGAGGAACAUGCAUUUGGAGAUCAAGGUCGCACUCAACUUCAUCAUCUCUUACCUGUACAACAAGCUGCCCCGGCGCCGAGCGGACCUCUUUGGGGAAGAACUGGAGCGCCUCCUGAAGAAGCGGUACGAAGGUCACUGGUACCCGGACCGGCCCCUCAAGGGCUCGGGCUUCCGCUGCGUGCACAUCGGGGAGACGGUGGAUCCUGUGGUGGAGCUGGCGGCCAAGCGCAGCGGCCUGGCCGUGGAGGAGGUGCGCGCCAACGUGCCCGAGGAGCUGAGUGUCUGGAUCGACCCCUUCGAGGUCUCCUACCAGAUCGGGGAGAAGGGGACUGUCAAGGUCCUGUACCUGGACGACAGCGAGGGCUGUGGUGCCGCCGCCGAGCUCGACAAGGAGAUCAAGAGCAGCUUCAACCCGGAGGCCCAGGUGUUUGUCCCCAUCGGCAGUCAAGACAGCUCCCUGUCCAGCUCGCCCUCACCAUCCAUGGGCCAGUCGCCCAGCCCCACCUUCAUCCCCCGCUCGGCCCAGCCCAUCACCUUCACCACCGCCACCUUUGCCGCCACCAAGUUCGGCUCCACCAAGAUGAAGAAAGGCGGAGGUGGUGCGGGAGGGGCCGGGGGUAGUGGAGGAGGCCAGCAGGCCCCCCCACAGCAGCCCCGCCUGGCCAGGUCUCCCACCAACACCCUGCUGAGGCAGAAGGGCCUCUCCUUGUCUAUGCAUUCUCUGAACUUCAUCGGGGCAGGGCCGGCCCCCCAGUCCCAGCUCUCCCCCAACGCCAAGGAGUUUGUGUACAACGGUGGCUCCCCCAGCCUCUUCUUUGAUGGGGUGGACGGGCCGCCCAGUGGCGGCCUGGCCCCCACCCCCUUUGGCAGCCCCAGCAGCGGAGGCUCAGGUGGCGGCAGUGGCAGCGGCGGCAGCGGUGGUGGCUUCGACGUGGCCCAGGUGUUUGGAGGUGGUGCCAAUGGCCUCUUCCUAGAGAAGUCGCCCUUUGUGGAGGGCCUCAGCUACAACCUGAACACCAUGCAGUACUCCAGCCAGUCGUUCCAACCCGUGGUCCUGGCCAACUGACCACCACCACCACCGAAAGGAGAAAGGAAAGGAAAGGAAAAAAAAAAGGAAAAAUAGAAAUAUACAAAAAGAUUUCCCAUCUUCUUCCUUCUGGCUUCUUGGAAAGAGAGACGCCCGGGCCAGGCUUGGGCAGCGAGCCCCCUACCGACCCUUUUAACUUGAUCCCCUGCUAUUUUCCUGCCUGUCUCUGAUUUCUUUGGUUGGUUGGUUUGGGGUUUGGAAUUUCUUUAUUUUUUACAUUUAGGUUUUUUGUUUUCCCCUAACAUCCCUAGUGCUGAAGGUGGGCCAGGUGGGAGCUGCCCCUUCCUCUCACACCCGACUGGUCUGGGGCCUCUGCUGUACCAAGAAGGGCCCGGGGUGGGGGUGGGGGGAGACCUCUCAGCCCUUGGGGGAGAGGAGAGAGGAGGGAGGUUCUCCCCACUCCCUUCCAAAGCUAUGCACCCUUUGGGGAUCUGCCCUAAUCUGGCUGGUGAGGAGUGCCGGCAGCAGUGGUUCCUAUUUCCCCCCCCCCCCACCCCAGGAGGCUUAGGGGUCUUCCCCCCUGUUCCGGGGCCUCCCUCUCCUCACCCUUUCCCAGCUUGCCCACACCUUUGAUCUCAGGGGCCCCAGCCUUCCGCAGCUUGGACAUCUCCCCAGUGCCUCAAUUGCCCCAUUUCUUGGGCUGGGGGGACCUAAAAGGUCACAAAGCCAUAUCCUGGGGUGGGCGGCUUCUUUCUGGAUGUUGAGGGAUUCCUGAUGUGGGUGAGGUGGGCAGGGUCAGGUUGGGGGAGGGUUGGUUCUGAGUCCUUUGGUGGGGGUGGGGCAUGGUUCUAGAAUACUCAAGAUCCAUUAGGGUGUGGAACACUGAGGGAAUUAGCAUCCUCAGCUGCCUGAUUUCCAGACUACCUGCACUUUUAUUUCAGACUCUGACCAAAAAUACAAAGAAACAAAGGUUUUUUGCUCUGGGUGAGUGAGUCGGGGCUGCACAGUACAGCUGGACUGCCUGGCUCUUCCUUCCCUCCCGUGGGGUCCGGCCUUAACUCAAGGGUGCAGACUGAUCGCCCCAACUGACCCUCGAGAGCGUUUAGGGGGCCCAAAGCAGUGCCUGGAGGAGGGGGCUUGGACAAAUAACUGUCCUGAGACUUGAAUUCAGAGUUCAUUUUCCUUCCCCCUCUUCCCCUGUAUUUCUGCCCUCCCUUGGCCUUAAACUGCACCCUCCCCUCAGAGCCCCUUUCUUCAUUGCUGCCUUUGUGGGAGAGGAUAGGGCUGGACAGGAGCCCUCAGCCCACCCUCCUUCUCUGCCCCCUCCCAGGCCUGUUCUGGAGUCCAGAUGGGCCUGUGAAGGACUUGCUUUGCCCUCUUAAGAAGAGAGAGUGGGCGUGUGUGGCAGCUCCCACUGGCCAGCUUCUGACUGCCUUGGCGCGCUAGGCUUCGGGCAUCCAGGCCCGCCCUCUCCCACCUCAGGCAAUGGGACGUACCAAAGUCCUCAGCCUAGGUGCCAAGGCCGACACGAAGCUGUGCUGCGGGUGGCAUCUUGGCCAAGGUGCCCACUGCCAAUGUAGCUGCCCCCACUUUCCCACCCUGCUCUGUUGGGCAGGCCAGCUCUACCUCCCCCAGCCGGGCAACUUCCCGGCUUUGUAACCCAGCACCACCCCCCUGCCCUCCGCAUUGUACUCAGGGUUGAGCCCUGGCUGGGCAGCCCUUCUCUCCCUAACCCCCUAAAAAUUGAUGACCCCGCCUCCCCCAGAGGGUUCCAGGGGCCCAGGCAGAAUGUCACUAGCUCCCCACGAUGCCCAUGAGAGCCGGGGUGCUGCCUUCCUUCCUUCACUUCAGCAUCCUAGCCCUGUCUGUCUCAAACUUGCACAUGGAGCACGGGGAGCAGCCUGUGAAGGAAGAGCAGGGGUCGCUUUCCCCUGGGCUGUCAGGAGUGGGCCCCUGCUCACUGCUCACUCUUUCCCAUCUCAGACAUAGGCAUUCAUCUUCGAGUUUAUUUUUAUUUUUUAUUUAAAAACAAAAACAAAAAACAAACCUGCACUAAUUUACCUGGUUUCGUAGGAGAACUUUUUUUUAUUUUUUACCUUUUUUUGGUGUCCGUUUGUAAUGAAUAAUUUGCUACAUUUGUAAAAUGUAAGAGGUAUAUAUAAUAUAUGUAUAUUUCUAACGUUAAAAUUGUAAUUUUUUCUUUUGGAGAUUUUUUCUUAAAAAGAGGAGAGAAAUAAAAAAUAUUUUUUCAGGAAAAAAAACUUUUGGGAAAAAAAGAGGAGAGACUUGAACCCUUUUCUCCCCUGGGUCCCCAUCCCUCAUUCAUCCCGCCUCCCCAAGAAGGAAUCCGAAGGUUGGGUUGACUUGUAAACUUAGGCCAGGAUGACGGAUUUUCUUCGCAAAGCAGCAGGGUCUAGAUCCCCUCUUGUCUUGCCCCCAGGGCAGGGAAGGAUCAUAGAGGGGGGUCCGGAGAAGGGGGUGGGGGUUGGGGAGCAGGAUAGUUUAUUUUUUUCUUUAGUGAAGGAGGAAUACAAUCAAGAGUUUUGUAUUCAGACCGUCGUGCAAUAUUUUGGAACGGGACAUUGGAGUGUUUCGAGAUUUAGUUUGGAAACAAAACACACGGUUGAUCAAAUCUGUACAGUUUCUAUUGUUUCAGAUUUUUUUAAGUUUGUAUUAAAAGCAUGAUAUCUAA